AUGCUUGCUUAUGGUGCCGGAGCAGAUCAAUAUGCUGAGUAUUGUCGGAUGGCAACAUUUACCUCCAUCGAGGCUCUGAAACAAUUUACAAGAGGAAUCGUUAAUCUGUACUCGGCAGAAUACCUCCGGGCUCCUACUCCGGCCGACCUCAGAAGACUUCUCGCCAAAGUUGAGAGAAGAGGCUUUCCUGGGAUGAUUGGAAGCAUCGACUGCAUGCACUGGCAAUGGAAGAAUUGCCCAACAGGUUGGGCUGGAGAAUACAGCUGUCGAAAACGUGUGCCCACUAUCAUCCUUGAAGCAAUCGCAUCUUAUAACUCAUGGAUAUGGCAUGCCUUCUUUGGAAUGCCUGGAUCAUGCAACGACCUCAACGUGCUUGCUAAGUCCCCAUUGUUUGACGAGCUGACUACUGGUCGAGCCCCUAAGAUCCAAUUUCAAGUGAAUAACAGAAUUUACUAUCUUGCUGAUGGCAUCUAUCAUCAAUGGGCGACUUUCGUGAAAUCAAUUCCAAGGCCUACACGACCCAAGGAUCUGAAGUUUUCCCAGGCUCAAGAGGGGUACAGGAAGGAUGUGGAGAGAUGUUUCGGCAUUUUACAGACGCGCUUCAGUAUUGUUCGAGGAGCGGCUCGUGGCUGGGAUAGAGAAGACCUUCGAUACAUCAUGCUGACAUGUAUUAUAUUACACAACAUGAUAAUCGAGGAUGAAAGACCAGAUGAUAGUGAUAAGGAUUUGGAGUCCAAUAAAGAAGAGGAUAACAAUAUGAGGCCCAGGUUUAGGAAGGACCGACUGGUGAUGACUUCGAUCCUGUUGGUAGAGAUGGUUAUUACUUCAACGGAUUCAUGGAUUGAUACGAUGCCAUUAGAAGUACAAACAGUCACUCAAACCUUCAAGAAGAUCUGA